AACAGCAACUAUAACAGUUUGAUAAGAUAAGUGACAAUAUAAUACUUUAAUAGCAGCGAGUCAGCAAGAAGGCAAUGAAUGGUUUAUUAUUACAUUACAUAACAGGUCACUUAGCUGACGCUUUUAUCCAAAGCACUUAAAUUGCAUUUUUGACCCAUGGCUUAUUACAUUUUGCCAGGGGAGCAUUUAGGGGUUCGGUGUCUUGCUCAGGGCCCCUUCGACAUGGGACAUGGAGCAGCCGGGGCUCGAUCGAUCGAUUAUUGAUGCGUUACUAUCAAACCAGCCUACUAUUGUAGUUGAUAUUGAGCUGAUUUUAAUUAGAGUUGACAUUGUUGGGUAGUUUAAUCAUAAUAAUGCUUCAUAUUUUAAGCCUAUCACAUUUGUGCAUGUACAGCAAGCCUCGGUGAGCACAGGUGUUAAUAACAUCUCACAGUGCUGCAACAUGCAACAUGUUAAAUAUAUUUUACUUAGGUACUUUUCUCAGUAAAUAUUUUUGCGUUAUAGCGUUCGUUACAAAUACUACAAAUGUUUUCUGUUUCCAAAGAAAAAAAAAGUUUUCUUCCCUUCAGAAGCAAGAGAAAACAUAAAGAAACGUGUCAAACAUCGGAUUAAGCACACACAGCUUUCAAGUGAAUGAAUUAUACAUCUAACAAAAACCAAAUGAAUAACAAAAAUCUGCAGAAAAUUGUGCCGAGAACAAAUGAACCUGUUCCUGUCACGUGGGAGCGUCUUGUUUCCCCGCUACUCAACGAUGAUGUACAUAUUAAAUGUGACGUUGUAGGAAAUUCAACCGUUAAGCAACCGCGACUCCAUCUCCUCCUUAAUGUGCACGCGCGCGAAUCCGAGACACGCGGAUCGAUCGCUGGACGCGCGCGCGCGCGCGUGCGGGCUGGAAGCUGCGAGCCGCUCUGCGACUUUGCAGAAGCGUGCGGAUCACUUUGACAUCACCGGAGGAAACAGGAAACGAGAGAAAGCGACGCUGCGACAGAAGCGAAACCUGCGCCCAUGAAGCUUGGACCCCGGCGCGUGACCCCGCCCGGCUGUCUGUGAGCGAUGGAGAACCCGUCGUCCACAGUGAGGCGGCGAGCCUGGAUCAACAGCAGCCGGCAGGGGCCCACUGUGGAGGAGCCGGGCGUCCCCCCUUCCGCCUCUAUAGCCGAUGACGAUGUCUUUUCCGACGGAUGCUUUACAGGAAAGAUUGAGAACUGGCUCCUAAGAUGUCAGAGGAGAGCAGUCAGCGGAGCUUUGUGUGCCUUUUCUCCAGAGUCUGUGCUGAAACCCAGCAACUUGGAUGAUGAGCUCAGUCUUGGAGCCGAUGCUUCUUUGUUAAAUGUUGGAGAGAGUACACCUGAAACUGACGUCGCACAGCAUCCCGCCACCAAACAAGAUCCCAGCAGACCCACCAGCACCCCUCGUCGGAGACUAUGCCUGCCGUCACUGAACUUGGGCCACAGCAUGGCCUCGAGCUGCCUCUCCUCCUCCACCUGCACGUCAAGCAGUGUAUCGGAGAUCCUGCAGCUGUGUUCGGAGGACGCCGAGGAGACGCUGUACGAGCUGGGCUUCGGCCGCGAUGAGCCGCAGGUCACCGUCCGCAUCCCUCCGCGCUUCCUCCACUUCCCUUCUCUGUCCGAGGGCAUCAACUUCCGCGUCUUCCUCGACUCUCAGCUACGGCGGAUAAGAGAGGAAGACCCCAGCCUCACUCUUGCUAGUCGUUUCAGACAAGUGCAAGUGCUCACGUCAAUGGCCAACGCGUUCUACUCCCUCUACUCCCACGUGUCCCGCACUCCCGUGCAGAAACUGGCCACGCCGGAGUUCACCUUCUCCUCGUCUCCCGUGGAGAGGAUCGACCGCUUCAGGAGCGCCGUCCGCAGCGAGCCACGUUCUCCCGUGGAGAGGCUCAAGGACACCGUCUCCAAGAUGUGCCUCUACACAGGUUCUCCUCGGGGGUCCGACUCCACCUCCCCGCAGGCCUCGCCCAGAAAGAGGUCGAGCCUCGGCGACGUUGUGGAUAUAGUCCUUCUGAAAGUCAAGACUGGGGCCACCGAGAAAUUGGGUUCGGGGUUAAGCGACAGGAAUAAAUCGGCCGUGGACGGCAGGCUCACGACGCAUGGUGAGACGCCACGCGACAGCGAGGUGGAGGAGGAAACGCAGCAGGCCGCAGCGGACACGGACGGUCUUCAGGAGGCCAAUCCGAUCCGUCAUAAGGAGGUGAAGGGCAGUAAACAAACAGAUAAUGCGGAUGCCGUCAUACCAGGAGACCUUGACAGCAGGACUCACAGUGAAGGAACGUCCUCGGCGUCAUUGACGGAAGAAACUGCGCAAGAAAAAGAUCAUCGGUUCAUUUCCUAUCAGUGUGACACAAGGACUGCUGAUCCGAAACCAGUUGCAAAGAUUACUUACGAUCUAAUCUGCCCGCAGAUAGUGGAAAGUGUUCAGCAGAGGCCUUUUUGCUCUCAGGACACACAUGGUACAAAAACAAACGCCUCACCUCCAGUGUCCUCUGAGACUGGGAGCAUAGAUGGAUCACGCGCGGGCUCACAUGGGCCCGAUGCACAAACCGCUGUCUCUGAGCCUGAUGCCGGGUCACUUCCUGUCCUGGUCGCAAGCGUUAGCUACACCCAGUGCUGCAUCACCGUGACGGGCUGGGAGGGGGACAACGUCUCGUCCACUGUCCCACCCGUCCAGGCCUGUGAGGAGACAUCUAACACGUCGGAAAGGCGGUACCUGAAUCCACAGAUGCACCAGGGCCUCUGUGACGACUCCAAUAACCUGCAACAGACCAACUCCUUUGAGCUAGAGGAGGUCCAGAGUGCAGGAGAAGAGGAUUUGGGACAAUUAGAAACUACACAAACAGCAACCUUACAGUUGUCCAAAAACCAUCAAUCCAAAGGUGACGUGGUCCGGGGGGACAGCAUGCAGUCAGACAGCAGCGGCUACGCAGACGAAGAAGUCAGCUCCUCAUCACCAAACGCACAAAGCAGAUGACUGAAAACUAUGUCGACUAUGCUUAAAAUACUUGUGUUACUCCCGGUGCUCGUACUGAAUACAGAACAUUGUAAAUAAGGAAUCAUUCAUAGUAAAACUGUUCAAGUUUAAACACCUGGAUGAAAUAAAGUGUGGGGAAAGUUUAUUAAAACGGUAAUUUAA